GAGGUCGGCUGCUGCUCUCCCCAAAAAAUUUGACCGGCUUUGGCAGGAAGGAAACCGCCUCGACGCCGUCCAAGUGAAGCGACCAACCCACCACCUGCUCGAUCGAUCGCCGGCGAGGCAGAUGGCCACGACGCUGACGCCGACGCAGCGGUACGCGGCGGGGGCGCUGCUGGCGCUCGCGCUCCGCCAGGCCCAGAUCCACCAGUCCGUGCUCCUCGGCGCCCACGAGGACGACGCCGAGGAAGGGCGCGCCAGCAGCAGCAGCAGCAGCAGCUCCUCCUCCGGCAGCGCCGACGCCGACCUCUGGACGCACGACUCCCACGGCCUCCUCCGCCCCGUCUUCAGGUUCCUGGAGAUCGAUCCCAAGGCGUGGUCGGGGCUGGAGGAGACGGCGGCGUCGUCCGAGGCCAAGCACCACAUCGGCGCGUUUCUGAGGAUAAUAUUUGAAGAGGAUGGCGAAAGCUCUUCAGACAGAUCCCUUCAAGAGCUUGCCUUGGCAAAAGGAGUUGAUGUGAUGGUAAUGAGUUUGGGCAAUGAUAGGGAAGUGGAUGACACAAUUAAACAGGGGGAUCAGGAUGCUUUGCCUUGCAGCUCUGGAACAGAUAAAUCCCCAGGGGAGAGCUCUCAUGAUGACUUGUUAGGAAUCAAUGAAUUGUCCUUAGAUGAUAUUCCUGCUAACAAUCACCGCAAGAUGGCAUUGCUAUAUGCUCUUCUCUCGGCCUGUGUGGCUGAUAAACCUGUAUCACAAGAGGAAGAGGACAGAAAAUCAUCCCGCUUCAGGAAGGGUUAUGAUGCUCGGCAUCGUGUCGCUCUUCGACUGCUAUCAACAUGGCUUGAUGUUAAGUGGAUCAAAAUGGAAGCAAUUGAGGUUAUGGUUGCAUGCUCUGCCAUGGCAGCAGCAAAAGAACAGGAACAAUCACAAGAAAGAGCAUCACCCAAGAGUAAAUGGGAAAAAUGGAAACGUGGAGGAAUAAUUGGUGCAGCUGCGUUGACUGGAGGAGCAUUGUUGGCUAUAACUGGGGGUCUAGCUGCUCCAGCAAUUGCUGCAGGGUUUGGUGCUCUUGCUCCAACGCUGGGCACUCUUGUCCCUGUUAUAGGAGCUAGUGGAUUUGCUGCUAUGGCUACCGCUGCAGGAUCUGUUGCUGGCUCUGUGGCAGUUGCUGCAUCGUUUGGAGCUGCUGGAGCUGGCUUGACGGGGAGCAAAAUGGCCAGAAGAAUUGGGAGCGUGAAAGAAUUUGAGUUCAAACCUAUUGGUGAAAAUCACAACCAGGGUCGCCUUGCAGUUGGCAUCUUAAUUUCUGGAUUUACUUUUGAUGAGGAUGACUUUUGUCGACCUUGGGAAGGAUGGAAGGAUAACCUAGAGAGGUACAUCCUUCAAUGGGAGUCUAAGCAUAUAAUUGCAGUGAGUACAGCAAUACAGGAUUGGCUGACAUCAAGACUUGCCAUGGAAUUGAUGAAGCAAGGUGCAAUGAGAACAGUAUUAAGUGGCCUUCUUGCAGCUUUCGCAUGGCCAGCCACACUACUUGCGGCUACAGACUUUAUUGAUAGUAAAUGGUCUGUUGCUAUUGACAGAUCAGAUAAGGCAGGAAAAAUGCUCGCUGAAGUGCUUCUCAAGGGAUUGCAAGGAAAUAGGCCUGUGACUCUCAUUGGAUUUUCACUUGGUGCACGUGUUAUAUUUAAGUGUUUACAGGAAUUAGCUUUAUCGAGUGAUAAUGAGGGACUUGUUGAGAGGGUUGUUCUCCUUGGUGCUCCAGUUUCGGUGAAAGGUGAGCGGUGGGAGGCUGCGAGGAAGAUGGUCGCAGGAAGAUUUGUGAAUGUAUACUCCAGAGAUGACUGGAUUCUUGGUGUUACUUUCCGUGCAAGUCUGCUUUCCCAAGGGUUGGCCGGCAUCCAGAACAUUGAUGUUCCUGGUGUUGAAAAUAUCGAUGUUACUGAGCUUGUUGAUGGCCAUUCGUCUUACCUAUCGGCAGCACAACAAAUACUGGAGCAUCUUGAACUAAAUACCUACUAUCCUGUUUUUAUUCCCCUGAGUGCAGCCAGCGAAGAAACGGAUAUAAUAGUAACAUAGUACUCCCUCUAUGUUUUUCACGACGGUGUUAAUUUUUAUGUUUGUGUUUGAUCAUUCGUAAUAUGGCGUACUUUUUCGUGGACGAUAAAAAAGGUCUACAAAAAACAUGGAGGGGGUAUAAGAUUGUGACUUGCAGGACCGAAGAAAACUGUAUAUAGAGAACAAAAAUGUAACAGCUGAGAUUGUAAACCAGUCAGCCUGAGGCCAAUGUGCCGUGGCGCUGGUUGGUGAGGCUCUGCCAUUUCGUGAAUCGCUUGGAUAUCUUAAACAUCGAGCAAAAUAUGCUUAUGGUUAUAUACCCAACAGUAUCUAGGUAUUACACAUGCGAGAAAGAAGAAUAAGGAUUAACGCGACAAGCCUACAACUUAUGUUAGAGCCCGAAUCAGCCUGGAAAUCUGGAAUAUUAUACCAGAAAUAGGCCCAAAGAGAGCGCCAUAUAUUUAGUUAGAGAUACAUUUAUUACAGAUGUGACAUAUUGCCGCACAACUGUCUAUAGCCACAAAAUGGA